AUGUCAAUGAAUAUCGAAAAAAGCCCCGAGGGAGUCGUUAUUCUCGAUUACAAUGACAUUUUGACAAAUGUUGACGUUUCAGAUGCUAUCGAAGAAGCAUUUGGAAACCAUUCACAUUGCCUUGGUAUUAUAUUAAUCAAAAACCUACCUAAAGACUAUUCAGAAAAACGUACUCGCUUAUUACGCUUAGCAUCCGUAUUUUCAGCAUUACCCGAAACUAUAAAAAAUAAAACAGUAUGUCAAGAAAGUUUUUAUAGCUUUGGAUGGAGUUGCGGUAAAGAAAUUAUGAAUGGAAAAGCUGAUUAUUUGAAAGGAUCGUAUUACGCAAAUCCAAAAUAUGACAUUCCUAAUGCAACUCCAAAACAAAAAAUGGAAUUCCCAAUGUAUUGUCAUCCAAAUAUUUGGCCAAAAGAUGACUUACCAGAAUUUGAGCAUGCUUUCAAAGAUUUGGGGUGCUUUAUUAUGGAUGUUGCUAAAUUAGUGGCUAGAGCUUGUGACUCAUUUG